AUGUUUUCUUCCCAAGAAGAUAAGAAAACUAAUCAGGAAAUGGGGGAUAGAGACAAUUUUCAAAGAAACUCUGAAACUUCGGCAUUAUCUUCUUUUACAAAGAAAUAUGCCCCACUAUCAGGACCCGGCUGUUAUGAGCUUGUAUGCUUCUGUGGUCGACUCUAUGUUGCCGAGACCGGUCGGACGAUCAGCCAAGGAUUAGUGGAGCACGCAAAUUCUCGUAAAGGCAGGUGUGUCGAACGGUCACAAGUGGCCGAACACAUGAUACAGACUGGCUCAGACAAUGUUCGUCACAUGACGAACGAAGGCUUAGUCCGUCUUCACCGAAACGUUGGAAGAUGUCUCAUUGACCACAUCAACCUGAACGUCGUAUUAAGGUCAAACAUUUGUAGCACAACGCGAGUCAGCCGACGUCUUCUGGCGAGGUUGACCUACGAAUCUCUUCAUCAUGUGCUUCCAUACGGAAUGAAAGUCUUUGCAUCAAUAUCAGACAUCAUCUCCAAGGCUCAUCUUGAUUUAGCCUGA